GUUUUUAUUAUUAAAAUGGCAACAAAAUUAAAUGUGAACAUUCGAACACUGCUGACCAACUGCGAGGAUCUCGCCAAAAGCGAGGACAACUUUUGGCGCCUGCAGAAGUUUCUCAAAUCGCUGGACACAAUGGUUGCCGAGCUGGCGGCGAUGGAUGAUCCACAGAGCGCGGCGAGAAUAGCCGGCUACAAGGAACGCCUCGCUGCCCUCAAGUUGACCACGGGCAUGCCCACAAGCAGCGUCAGUGGUGGCGCCACAAAUUCAAUGGGGGAAAUCGCCAUGCAGGAAAUGCGUCAGCUGCAGAAUACAGCGAAGCACAACGAAAUACGCAAGGAUCUGCUUCAAGAUGCGGAUACGUUGCGUCGUCGACGUGGCGCCGCCGAUGAGGCAUCGCCAACGGCUGGCGGCGAAGCCACAAGUAGCAAUAAUCUAAACGAGGCUGUCAAGUAUUACAAUAAUGCGCAGGAGAAGAUCACAGAGCACAUGCUCUCGCUGACCCACAAUCUCAAGGAGCAAACGAAGACGGCCAAUCGGAUAAUUAAACGUGAUACGGAAAUCGUUGCACGGUCCACGGGCGUGGCAGAUAGAAACAUUAAUUCGCUCGGCAAGGAGGCGGACAAGUUGGAGCAGCAUUCCCGCAAGGCAUACAAAUGCUGGCUCUGGCUAAUGAUUGUCUUUGUCAUCGUCGUCUUCUUUGUCAUGGUGCUAUUCAUGAAGAUCAUGAAGAAGAAAAAGGCGUAAACUAUUUGCUAGCUGCAAGCAGAAAUCCAAAUCCAAACCAAGUCCAAUCGUUAUCUUAGUUCAAUAGGUUAUCCCCCAACGGACAGCAUUAAAUGAAAAUAUAGCCAAGCCACAA